AUGGCGGGGUCGGCGCAGGACCUUGCAGCGCUGGGGCAGGGCAGCCUGGACGUGGGCAACUGCAGGGCGUUCCGGUCGGCGCUGAACAGCACGGAGUCGCCGCUGGUGUCGACGAUCCGCGUCUGGCGAUCGUUCAGGUGCGACGACGAGAGCUGGGGCGUGGAGGAGCUGGUGGUGCGCAAGUCGGUGCUGAUCACGGGCGCCCAGGCGGUGGACGGCGGGCCGUCGCCCGUCAUCCAGUGGACGGCGGCGCCCAAGCUGUUCGUGGUGGCGCCCCCCGCCCAGGUGACUUUCCAGAACCUGAUAUUCGUGCAGCCGGCGGUGCCGGCGGACAAGUUCGACAUCGCCUUCCUCAAGACCCUGACGCUGGGCGAGACGAGCUUCCUGGGCGUGGUCCUUGGCGUCAAGGACUGCCCCGGGCCGAUCUCCACCUACGUUAGCUACCUGUCCAGGCAGCCGCGCCCGCCAUCCAUGCCCGGCACGCAGACAUUCUCGGAGCAGGGCCGCAACUCCCUGCUGCUGGAGGACGUGGCGAUCGACUUCGAGUCUGGUGGCAACUGCCGGCUGUGCUUCUCGGCGCUGCAGUGCGACGUGGGCGCGGAGGACGCCCUGCUGCAGGACCUGCUGGCCGACCAGAACACCAAGAGCGUGUGCGUGGAGCCGGGCACUCCAGUGGCGCGGAGCCAGUCGCCGGUGCCCGCUGAGGGCUCCGGGGGCACCAACGUGCUGGUGAUCAUCAGCGUGUCCGUGUUCGGGGCGAUGCUCGCGCUGUGCGUCAUCACGACCAUCGUGAUCGUGUGGUUCAGGCGGCAGAUGGCGCCGCCCGCGUACGUCGGCGAGGUCGCCGGCAAGGGGGCGGUGACCCGGGGGGUGAGCGUGGAGGGGGCAAUGUACACGGGCGGAUCCGGCAAGGGGAUGAUCGGGGCGGACGCGCAGUUCGGGAGCAACCACUGGAACCUGCAGCUGUCGGAUGUGCAGUUGGGCGCGCCGCUGGGCAAGGGCGGCUUCGGGCGCGUGUACAAGGGCUCCUGGCAGGGCACCACGGUGGCGGUGAAGAUAAUCUGCCACAACGACAAGACACUGCAGACCAACGUGGGGGAGCCCUUCGAGGCCUUCCUGUCCAAGCACAUCUCCCACCCUAACGUGGUGCAGACGUUCCACAUCAGCACGCGGGAGAUGUCCAGCGUGCAGCAGCAGGGGGACCAGGACGUCUUCUUCGACACGAACGGCCACGCCGUGGAGGAGGGCCUGGGCAGCCACCGUGGCCAUGCACAGAACCCUUCUGAGGAGCUGUUCGGGUCCUUCAAUGCAUCGCAGUCUUUGGACGUCACGACUGGAUCCAGGUUUGAGACAUGGAUCGUGCUUGAGUACUGCGACCGCGGGUCGCUGGAGAAGGCCAUCAGCGAUGGCUCUUUCCUGCUUCGCGGCCCAGCCAGGGCGUACCGCAUAGGCCACGUGCUGAAGACUGGCCUGGAGAUAGCCCAUGCCAUGCAUUACCUACACUCGGUGCGAAUCAUACAUGGCGACCUCAAGCCGGGGAACAUCCUCCUCAAGGGGGACAACUCGGAUUCGCGCGGCUUUACGUGCAAGGUCGGGGACUUUGGGCUGAGCCGUUUCAUGGCAGAAGAGACCCACAUACAGACCUUCACAUGUGGCACAGUGACCCACAUGCCCCCCGAGCUGCUGAAGGGUGGCAUGCUGACUCCGGCUGUGGACGUGUAUUCGUUUGGCAUCCUGAUGUGGGAGCUGAUGUCCGGCCACCGUCCCUAUCCUGGCAAGAGCCAGCGUGAGAUCAUGCUGGCAGUGAUCGAUGGCUGCAGGCCGGCCAUCACCGAGGAUUUCUUUCCAGAGUAUGUGGACAUGCUGAACAUGUGCUGGGACCAGGAUUACAGCAAGAGGCCUUCCUUUCCCAUGCUGAUCGACACGCUCAUGAAGAUGCUCGACAAGCACGGGCGCCGGAGGGCGCCCUCCAACCUGGUUGGGGAGGACGACGGGCCUCCACCCUUGCCUUCGCCCAUCCCCAUAGACGUGGCAAGCGGUGCGGCAAGCAGGGAGGACGCGAUGUCGGCAUUCAAAGGGGACCACACACCGCUGGCCCAUGGCAUCAAGAGGCAGCUGACGCCAUCGAGGCUGAGGGCGAGGGCUGCUGAGGCGGCUGCAGAACGGGAGGAUUUCGUACCCAACGGGCUGCUGGACAGCUUUGGCAGUGACGUGGGGAACAGGCGGCUGUACAGUAGCGUGGGUGUUGGGGGCCAGUUUGUGGCUGAGGGCACGCCCCGCCAGUCAGGGGGUUCUAUCAGGGGGCACGCCCCGCGAACUCGGCUGUCAGUAGGUCAGGAGGAUGCGCAGGCGCAGUCAAGCAGGAAGGGAAGCUCAAGGGGAAGUGUGCAGGGCAGCACUUGA